AUGACACAGGUGCCUAUAAAGAAAAUGGCGGGACUGCGUCCAACAAGCUACAAUUAUGAAAAGAAGGAUGAAUAUAAAAAACCUGAAGAAAACUAUGAAAAGCCAACCUAUGAAAAGCCAGCCUAUGAGAAAAAAGAUAACUACGAAAAGACUAAUGAAGGAUACAAUAAAGAAGGAUAUGGAGAUAAUAAAGGAUAUGAUAAAGAAGGGUAUGAGAAGGGAUAUGGGGAUAAUGGGGGGUAUGCAGGAAAUGAAGGAUAUGAGAAAGGAUAUGGAGAAAAAGAAGGAUAUAAUAAAGAAAGCUAUGGGGAUAAUGAGGGGUAUGAUAAAGGUUAUGGAUAUAAUGAAGGAUAUAAUGAAGAAAAAGGAUAUGGAGGUUAUGACGAAGGGUAUGAAGGGAAGAGUUAUGAAGAUAAUAAAGGCUAUAAAAAGAAGAAAUAUCGAGGUCAUAAAAUACGAUAUGGAGGUUAUGGGGGAUAUAAUGGUCACGAGAAAUAUGGAUCCUCUUCCUCAGAAAGUGAUGAUUACAUAUACCUUCGCAACUAUAAAUUUCCUCAUUACUACGGAAACUAUAUGAAUUAUAUGCAACCAGGUAUGUAUUAUAAUAGGCCAAUAUACUACUAUACUACUACUUCUACAACGACAACAACUACUACAACAACACCGACAACGACAACAGAGGAAACAACCACCACAUCCGAGGAUACAACCACACAAGAGGAAACAACCCCAACGCCUGAAGAUACAACCACACAAGGGGAAACAACUCCCACACCAGAGGAUACAACCCCCACGCCUGAGGACACAACUCCAACGCCUGAAGAUACAACCACACAAGAAGAAACAACCCCAACGCCUGAAGAUACAACCACUCAAGAAGAAACAACUCCUACUCCAGAAGACACAACCCCAACGCCUGAAGAUACAACCACACCAGAGGAAACAACUCUGCUGCCUGAAGACACAACUCCCCCACAGGAGGAUACAACCCCGCCCGCUGAGGACACAACUCCGCCGUCUGAAGACACAACUCCCGCAUCAGAAGAUACAACCCCGCCCGCUGAGGACACAACUCCGCCGUCUGAAGAAACAACAGAAUCAACGAGUGAUGGAACAAUAGAGACUAACAGCGAGGAGACUUCGACAAUUACUCCAGGAAGUGAUGCUACACCAGUUUCUGAUGAAACUCGUACUGAUCUUACAACCCUGAUUACACCAGUUUCUGAUGAAACUCGUACUGAUCUUACAACUCCAAUUGGAACAGAAGGUACCCCGCCAACACCAAAGCCUCCAUGUCCUCCAGAUUACGAAUUCUUUAAAGAAGGAAAUUGUUGCAUUCUAAUUUCCUCGCCAGAGAAGAAACCAUUAACCUGGAAAGAAGCCAGUGACGAAGCGAAGAAGAACGGAGCUCUAAUGGCUUCCAUUCAUUUCAAAAAGGAGGAUGAUUUUAUAAGAAAUCUUGUGGAGAAACAACCAAAAGGACAGGGUAAAGACAACCCUGUCUACUUUACUGGAUUACAAGUAAAUGCCACAAAUGGAAAGAUUGACAAGUUCGCGUGGUCUGACAAUACUCGUCCGAAUACUGAUCCUUGGGGACCAAAAACUACAUUUAAUGGAAAUAAUGGAUUUGGUGGAAUUUCAAAGGACCCGAGCGGAAAGGCAUCUUGGGGUCUUUAUGAUCCGAAUCAAAAGGGAGGUUAUGUGUGGAAGAUUGACUUGUCUAAAAAAGAUGGUGGAACCAAAGGCCCAGAACCAGGCACUCCAACAGGAGGAGUUGGCCCAGUAGGGAAUAAUGGAUUGCCAGCCGGUUUCAAAUGCACUACCGGAUGUAAUCCGUCUUCUAUAAAAUUGAAGGCAGAAAAGGGGCAACCAAGUCCGGUAGAUGAAGGACCUGAAGAAAAAAAUGGUUGCCAAACUGAUGUGUUGAGUUGUACAACAAAUCAACCGAUUGCCACCAUAACGUUUGGAACCAAUGGAAGUCUUAAAGCCAAUAAUUUUGAUAAAAAAAAUGUGAGAGCCAAACUUAUAUGUGCUAAUGAGGAGGCAACGGGGAAGAAAGGAUGGGUUAGAAAUGGGGUAAUUAAUAAUCCGAAAUUGUUCUUCGUUGAGGAGGUAAAAUGGGGAAAAAGAAAAUUUAAUUAUUUUUCCGUUUUAAGGCACAUUGUGAACAACAGUCAAGUUAAAUAG